AUGGUAUACCUUCAUCUUAACCGAGGCUUGGAUGGCUCCAGCUACAUCCACAAUAUUUCGGCAGGCACAAGCACUGGUCUGGGCAUCAUGUCCUGGACAAAUUGCAGUGCACGAUGUUCAUGGCCAUGGGCACUGCUGGCACAGACUGAGAGAUUACACCUUCCGUGCAUCGGAAUUUGGGAUGUGGCUGCUGCGUUGCCUUCUUUGCAGGUGUGCUUAGCAAGGGCGGGCGCUGGUACGUGUGCUACUGCGCUGCUGGAUCCGUGGGCGCAGGCUUCAUCGGGUUUGGUUGCCAACCCGCAGCAUCCCGCAGUUGCAGCGAAAUCCCAAAAUCGCCCCAUUCGAAUGAGCAUAAGCCAGAGUGAGCCUCCACACCUGGGCGUGGCAGGCCAUUGCACAGACACCGUUCACUUCGGCGCAUUGGCCGGCUACCUGCAAGUCAAUGGACCGACGUCGAAUACGCAGGACCAGCAUGGCUGA